AUGAUCCAACCCGUGCGAAGCAUCAGCAGUUCGUCCCUCGUCUCGAUGCUCAAGGAGCAGUGGUUCUUCCGGAACUCUGUGCCCGAGAUCGUGAUCACGGACAACGCUUCUUGCUUCUUGUCCAAGGAGUUCAAGGAUUUCAUCGACCACUUCAAAGUUACGCACUGGCUCAACUCGCGUUACCACUCACAGGCUAAUCCUGUCGAGAGGGUAAACCGCACGGUCAACGCCGCCAUCAGAACCUACUGCAAGGAUGACCAGCGGAUGUGGGACACUCGCGCGGUUGAAAUCGAGAUGAUUCUCAACACUAGCGUCCACGGAUCGACCGGAUUCACCCCGUUUUUCAUAACGCGCGGGCACGAGAUGUCUGAAGUCGGAACCGACCAUAAGUUGUCACGACACGGCGAAAAUCUCACUGCCGAGCAGCUGGAGGAACGUAGGAAGGAAAGGUUUCAGGAGAUCUACCGGAUCGUCGUGAAGAACCUCGAAAAAGCACACGAAACAUCCCGCAACACAUACAAUCUUCGCCACCGUCAGUUCGCAAAAUCGUUUGUUGACGGCCAGCUUGUUUACCUUCGAAAUAUGAAGCAGUCAAAUGCCGCGGAAAGGUACAACGCGAAGUACGGCCCCCAGUUUCUUCCCUGCCGAAUAAAGGCCAAACACGGUUCUUCGUCCUACGAGCUGCAAGAUCUCAACGGCAAGAAUCUUGGGAUUUGGCCAGCCGCACACCUGAAACCCGGAUAA